UCUCUCAGCCACAGACUGUCUGAGCUUGCUCUCAUCAUGUGUGUCUACAAAUCGCACUUUGAGGACUCUUUUUUCCCUUUUCCACUCUGGACUUUAAUCCUGUGCUCGGCUUUCAUCGUCAGGACUCCUGUUCAAGGUGAGGUUCUGGUGAUUGGUUCAAAUCUUCCAAUCAUCGCCGCUCCGGGUGAUGAUGUCAUCCUGCCGUGUCACCUGGAGCCCAUGUUCGAUGUCCAGGGUCUGACGGUGGAGUGGUCCAAACCCGACCUGAAGCCCGACCCGUCGGACCGGCUGAGCCGAGUGGAGUACGUUCACCUGUACAGGGACAGGCAGGAGGUCCCCGACAUGAAGAUGGCCUCGUACUUCAGGAGGACGGAGCUGUUCAUGGACGACAUGAAACACGGGAACAUUUCACUGAAGAUCCUGAACGUGUCGGAGGAAGACAACGGCAGAUACAGAUGUUUCAUCCCCAAGCUGCAGAGCGGAGUGAAAGCUGCUGUUGUUGAACUUGUAGUCGAUCCAAAGUACGCUAAGACCUCUACGACAGAGAGUCCCGUGUAUCCUAGAAACUUCCAAACUCCAGAUCCUCGUGAGAUGUCUCCAAGAAAUAGUCGGUCCAGGGUCUUUCUGGUUGUCGUAGUUACUGCCUUUGUGUCGGUUGUGGCUGUGACUGCGUAUUUCUCUCGCCGUCAAAUAAAAUAAGCAUCAAGGCGACAA